CUCUUCUGUCCUGUGUAGGCUGAUGCCUCUGGUCUGGUCGCCCGCUGAUCGCUCGUGGUGUCCGGCGGGUGGAGUUUGGCCGCGGACAGCGAGACAAAGGCGGAGAGGGAUGGAAGGGGGAAGCCGUGCUGUGUCGGCACAGUGACUGAAGGUUGUCACCCAGCAGCGGAGACCCCGGAUCUUCCAACAGACGAGGGAAACACCUGCCGAGCCCAGUUGUUUUUGUUGUAUUGUGUCGUCAGCGGGAAUUCAUUCUCUCUGAAAUACCAAAAGGACAUCUGCAGCAAGGACAGGACACGGAUAUUUUUUUUCUCUCUCGCUCUCUUACUCUCGUUCUCUUCUUUUUUGUUAGACUUUGAACUCAUCCCAGUUUUUAGUAGACCAAUGAAAUCUGGGAAAAAUGCCCUAAGGGGCAGGGUGAAGAUGUCUGGUUGCUUUUGGAUUGAUUUUUCAGUAAAUGUCUGGAGAAGCCCUGUUCUCUGGUGAUAUCAAUGAGGGCAUUUUCGUGACAAAUCCCCACCGGGCCUCUUGGGUCCAGACUGUGGAGACCUGCACUUACAGGAACUCUAAUCUCUAACUUAAAAAAAAUAUAUAUAUAUUUAUAUAUAAAUAUUAAUAAUAGCCCCUUCUUACGUCAGGAUGGAGCUCUUCUUCAACCCUUUUGAUAAUUUGCUGUGCAUUCUGCUGGGCAUCUCCUUCACCGUAUGGUUCACCCUGCUUCUGGUUUUCAUUAUUGUUCCGGCCAUUUUUGGGGUGUCGUUUGGCAUCAGGCGGCUUUACAUGAAGACUUUGUUGAAGAUCUUUGAGUGGGCUACACUUAGGAUAGAGAGGGGAGCCAAAGAGAAAAACCACCACCUGUACAAACCUUACUCCAAUGCUAUAAUCGCUAGGGAGCCCACCUCCUUGGAGGAGGAGAUCAAGGAGAUCCGGCGGAGCGGCAGCAACAAGGACCUGGACUCUGCCUCGGAGUUCGAGAUGUCCGACAUCUUCUACUUCGCUCGGCGAGGCGUGGAGAGCAUCAUGGACGACGAGGUGACCAAGCGGUUUUCUGCUGAGGAGCUGGAGUCCUGGAACCUCCUGACUCGCAGCAACAACAACUUUCACUACAUCAGCCUGAGGCUGACCGUCCUGUGGUGGCUGGGCCUCCUGAUCCGCUACGGGAUCCUGCUGCCUCUCAGGGUAACGCUCGCCUUCACUGGUGUAAGCCUGCUGGUGUUCCUCACCUCUCUGAUUGGACUCCUGCAAAAUGGAAGGAUGAAAAACGUCCUCAGUGAGAAAGUCCAUCUGAUGUGCUACAGAAUAUGUGUCAGAGCUCUGACUGCCAUCAUAACCUAUCAUGACAGUGAGAAUAAACCCAAAAAUGGAGGCAUCUGUGUCGCUAACCACACUUCACCCAUUGAUGUUAUCAUCCUGGCCAGCGACGGCUGCUACGCCAUGGUUGGCCAGAUUCACGGUGGACUGAUGGGGGUCAUUCAGCGAUCCAUGGUCAAGGCCUGCCCCCACAUUUGGUUUGAGCGCUCAGAAGUGAAAGACAGACAUCUAGUGGCCAAACGGCUGAGCAAUCACGUACAAGAUAAAUCUAAGCUGCCGAUCCUCAUCUUCCCAGAAGGGACCUGCAUAAACAAUACAUCAGUCAUGAUGUUUAAGAAGGGGAGUUUUGAUAUCGGUGCCACAGUCUAUCCCGUGGCUAUUAAGUACGAUCCUCGGUUUGGAGAUGCCUUCUGGAAUAGCAGCAAGUUUGGAAUGGUCAGCUACCUUUUACGCAUGAUGAGCAGCUGGGCCAUCGUCUGCAGCGUGUGGUACCUUCCUCCCAUGUCAAGAGAGGAAGGAGAAGAUGCCGUUCAGUUUGCCAAUCGUGUAAAAUCAGCCAUAGCCAGGAAGGGCGGACUGGUCGACCUCCUGUGGGACGGAGGUUUGAAGCGCGACAAGGUAAAAGAUACCUUUAAAGAAGAGCAGCAAAAGCUGUACAGCAAGAUGCUCGUGGGCACCCAAGAGGACCGCAGCCGCUCCUGAGGGUUGUCCCUGGAGGUGGACUGACUCAGAGACCGCUCUGGACACCGCUGGCUGGGCAGGCAGGCAGACAGCGGCGACCCCGUCAGGUGGAGCCGCUGCACUGCAUCGUCCUCUCCUUGAUGUCAACAAUACUCCAUCUGGCUUCUCCAGUCGCUGCCUCGGCCUGGCAUGUCAAGUUGCAUCACUGUUGCGGGGUAUUCGCCCAGCCCGUCCCCUUCACCGCCACGUCGGAAUAGCUCGAUAAAAGCCUCGCUAGCUGUAGAAAAGGAAGGCGUGGCGUGAAGAGGAAGACUUACUCUUGUGUCUAUUUUCUUUCGACGAGGAAACAAAUGGUCAUCUAUUUUUGACUUCUGUUUUUGUUUUUUUGUUUUGUUACGGCUUACUUUUGAAAAGCUUUAUCGUGUCACCUUGCGUUGAAGUUUCAGGAGGUGUUGUGCCUGGAAUGUAGAAAAGCGAUAAUGUAGAUUAAAUCUAGUGUGUUUUAAUC